AUGUCAGUCAUUGAAAAUAUCAACAAAGCUUUCCAACUUGCUUUUAAAAUUAGCCCAAAAGUUGGUAAAUUUCCCUACCUUGCCGAAACAUUACGUAGAGCUGGUAUUGAACGAAACAGAUGGUUUCUUCCAGGAUGUACCAGUAUUUAUUAUACUUCAUCAGGAGAGAAAGUUGUCAAUCAAAUGGAAAGUUUACUUCCCUACGGAAUGCAUGAAAUCAAACCAUUCAAUAGAAAUCUAGUUGUAGAUGCCAUUAGAAAAGAUCAAGCUGGAGAAACAGAAUUUCCACAAUUUUUAAAAUGUAUUUGGGAAGGAGGUGUUGUUUCAUAUGAAGUUGAUUUUGUGAAUCGUGUUUGUACUUAUUAUGGAGCAGAUGAAAAGGAAUUCUAUGAAGAAUAUUAUUCACAUGUUGAUAUCAACACAACUCAGAAUGAAUAA